AUGAAGAGCGCCGUUAUUGCUUCCUUCCUCUGCUUGCUACUCUCUACUGCGUUUACUUCCCCCUCCAACGCCGGCGACACGUUAACGCCACGACGGCCCAUCUCCGACGAUGGAAGUACCUUGACCUCGGACGGCGGCAGAUUCCAAUUGGGCUUCUUUAGCCCCGUUGCCGGUUCCCUCGACCGCUACAUCGGCAUUUGGUACAACAUCUCCGCCCGCACCGUCGUUUGGGUCGCCAACCGCGGCAGACCGAUCACCGGCCGCUCCGGGCACCUCUCCAUGUCGGAAAACGGAAGUCUCCUCCUCACCGACGGAAGAAGCUCCACCAUCUACUGGUCCUCGAGCUCGCCGGCUUUGGCGGAACCCGAAGCGCGACUCCUGGAGAGCGGCAACUUCGUCGUCAUGGAGAACGGAAGCGACCCCAGCAGCUCAGCCGCGUGGCAGAGCUUCGACCACCCUACUGACACCCUCCUCCCAGGGAUGAAGCUUGGGUGGAACCUCAGCACCGGACUGAACCGCAACCUCACCUCGUGGGCGACCUCCAGCGAUCCGUCUCCAGGAGACUACGUGGCGGGCAUCGACGUGGCCGGCGUACCCCAGCUGGUUGCUUUCUCUUAUUAG